ACGCAAGAAUUUCUGGACGUGAUGGAAAUGCUGGAUGAGGUUGAGACAAGCCAUUCUAAGUCGAGGAAACCGCCUAUUGAAGAUAAGAGAAAGUCCAAUACUGGAGCAUUUCAAGGAGUCAUGACAACAAGUACAGUGACCAAGAGACUGAGAGAGGAGGCCACCUGCUCCAAGUGCCAGCAGCUGAUGACCGAUCCUAUGAUUAUUGACUGUGGGCACAGCUUCUGCCAUGAGUGCCUAAUAAACAUCAUGGACCAACAUAAAAAGAUUGUAAUGGGGAAAAGAGAUGAAAUGAUAUAUUUCUGUGAAUUUUGCAAUACAGCAUUCAAAGAACAGAGCAUUCGACCUAAUAAGAAGCUGAAAACCAUCAUCGAAACUAUCAAGGAGAUAAACUCUGAAAAGUUGUGUGAGGAACAUGGAGAGAUGCUCCACUUCUUCUGUGAAGAUGAUGAUGAGCUCAUUUGCUUGUACUGUGAACGAAAACCACAACACAGAGGGCAUACCACAGUCCUUGUUGAAGAUGUCUGCCAAGAGUACAAGGAAAAACUACAGAAAGCCGUGACAAAAUUGAGAGAAAAUGAUCUCAAAUGUAAAACUGUGAAGUUGUCCAUACAAAUGCAGAGAAAAAAAUGGAAGGAAAUGGUAUCUCUUCAGACACAAAAAAUCCAUUCUGAUUUUAAUGAUCUUCAUAGAUUUCUGAAUAUAGAAAUAAAUCAUUAUCUAUGGUCACUGAUGGAAGAAGACAGAAAGACUCAGAGGAUAUUGCAGGAAAAUGAAGAUAUGAUAGAGAAACAAAGCAAAAAACUGCAAACUCAAAUUCUUGAACUAGAAAAGAAAUGUCAGGACUCAAUACAGAAUCUGAUGCAGGACGUGAAACAAACCUUGAGCAGAAACUCAGCAGUGAAGCUGGAAUUCCCAAAGGCUGUCUCUUUGGACCUUCAUACCAAGUGUAAUGCUUCUGAGCUCUUCUUUUAUGUGAGAAAAGUGCUGAAGAGGUAUCAAGUCAGCGUGACUCUGGAUCCAGAAACAGCUCAUAACAACCUAUUUGUGUCUGAGGAUGGGAAAAAGGUAACUGGUGGCUAUGCCCAGAAGAAGCCACAAUCUUCCAAGAGAUUCACUCUAAUGCCCUGUGUCCUGGGCUGUGAAGUCCUCACAUCACAGAGAUGUUACUUUGAAGUGGAUGUGGGAGACCAAAAGAACAUUUGUGACAUAGGAGUUUGUCUGCUCAGUGUGCAGAGAAACAUUAAAGGCAACUUGCAACCUCACCGUGGAUUCUGGGCCAUCCAAGUGCAUAAUGGCAAUGGCAUUUAUGCACUUACUUCACCAAGAACCCCUAUUUUUCAGGAUAAGCCCUCAAUUGUGGGGGUUUUUGUGGAUUAUGAGGCUGGACUUGUCUCCUUUUACAACGUGAAAAUGGGCUGCCACAUCUUCACCUUCCCAAAGGCCUCCUUCACUCACAGUCUCCUGCCCCUGUUCCAAGUCUAUAAAUCGUCUUCUCUGACCCUGUGCCCCACAGAUCUGUGAGGGAGAAGUAAAGUCCUCCCCAUUCCUAAAUCUCCCUGGCUUAGCCAGAAUAGAGUAUGUAUGCUGUAAAUAUUUAGGGACAAGAAUUUGAGU